AUGAGGAAUUUAAGGAGUUUUCCCAACGGAACGAGGAACUGUUAUACUUUAAGGCCAGAUCAAGGCAAGAACAACACUUAUCUGAUUAGGGCAUCAUUUUGGUAUGGGAACUAUGAUGGGAAGAAUCAGAGUCCUUCAUUCGACCUAUAUAUUGAUGUUAAUUAUUGGGCCAUGGUGAGCUCUUCGGCUUAUUUCUCCGAGGAAAUCAUGUAUGUGUCCCAGGCAAAUGAUAUACAAGUAUGUCUUGUGAACACUGGCAAGGGAGUGCCCUUCAUUUCAGCAUUGGAACUAAGAACUCUUGGUGAUGACAUCUAUCGAUUGGGAUCUAGAUUCUUGCAACUCAAAUGGCGGAACGACAUCGGAUUAAGCUUGAAGUCUGAUAUCAGGCACCCUGUCGAUGUUUACGAUCGGAUCUGGCGCGCUCGAAACUAUACUUCUUAUUUCAUACUGAACACCACAUCUGCCAUUGAUUUAUCUGACGAUAAUGAUGCGUAUAAGUACAAGGUUCCUGGGGAAGUUCUUAGGACCGCUCAAAGAUCAAUGAAUGCCAGUUCUCCCAUUUAUUUACAUUGGACACCUUCGAUCUCCACAAAGAAAUGGAUUGUGUACUUUUAUUUCACAGAGAUUGAGAGACUGACGGAUGGCCUGCAGAAGGAGUUCACAAUUUCCAUGAAUGAUAAUCAAUUCACAAUGACGGUGAGCCUUGAAUACUUAAAACCAGUGGUUGUAGUUUCCACUCCUGUUAGCGGGUCGCUCAUCACCAUCUCAAUUGAAUCAACGAAUAAGUCUGGAAAUCCACCGAUCCUCAAUGCUGUGGAGUUCUAUACCGUUGCUGAUCUUCCAAAUGUACCCACAGCACAAGAUGAUGUGAAAGCUAUCAAUGACAUCAAAGUAAUGUAUCGCAUUAAGAGAGAAAGCUGGCAAGGUGAUCCGUGCGUACCAAGCAACUACACAUGGGAUGGUUUAAAUUGUAGCUAUGGAAAUCCUCCAAGGAUUAUAUCAUUGAAACUGAGCUCUAGCAAUUUGACGGGAGAAAUAGUCUCAUCACUUUCACAGCUAUCAAUGAUGGAAGACUUAGAUUUCUCCAACAAUCAGCUUACAGGAGCAAUACCAGAAACUCUAGCAGAAUUACCAAAUCUUAGAUUGCUAAAUUUAAGUGGAAACAACCUGAUUGGAUCAGUUCCUGAAGCUCUUAAAAAAAGGAUUGUGGAAAAUACUUUAAGAAUGAGCUUGACAGGAAACCCGGAUCUUUGCCUAGCUGAUCCUUGCCCGGAGAAGAAGAAACAAAAUAACAUCUUCGUUCCAGUUGUCACAUCAGUUUCAGGCUUCUUUGCAGUUCUCUUUGGUGCUUUGGCUAUUAUUUGGUUAAUUAAACGGAAACAAACAGCAGAAUAUAGUGAAAGGAUGCUAAAAUUUAAGAAUCGACCUUUCAAGUAUGGAGAGGUCUCAAGAAUCACUGGGAACUUUGGACGUGUGAUUGGUGAAGGUGGAUUUGGAAAGGUAUAUCAUGGUACACUUGAUAACGGCACUGUAGUUGCGGUGAAGAUGCUCUCUGAUUCAUCAAAGCAAGGUUUCAAGGAAUUUCAAGUUGAGGUGCAACUCUUAAGGAUUGUUCACCACGGAAACUUGGUUUCUCUGUUUGGAUAUUGCGAUGAUUCGAAGCACAUGGCAUUAAUAUACGAAUACAUGGCUUAUGGAAAUUUGAAGCAACAUUUAUCAGUUAAGACGCAUCCAACAGAGGACCAUCUGAAGGUCUUAACAUGGAGUGAUAGACUACAAAUAGCUGUGGAUGCAGCACAAGGUUUGGAUUAUUUGCAUAAUGGUUGCAAGCCGCCCAUCAUCCACAGAGACUUGAAGACUACGAACAUCUUGUUGAACGAGAACUUCCGAGCCAAAAUAGCUGAUUUUGGCCUGUCAAGAGCUUUUGCAGCUGAAAAUGACUCUUAUGUGUCAACUUUUCCUGCGGGCACUCCUGGCUACCUCGACCCCGAGUUUCAAUCUUCAGGAAACUUAAACAAGAAGAGUGAUGUUUACAGUUUCGGAAUCGUACUCUUUGAGUUAAUCACAGGCCAACCUCCAAUAAUGAGAAGCCGGGAUGGCAGCGACUGCGUGCACAUAGUUCAAUGGUUGACUCCUAUCAUUGAAAGUGGCGAUAUACAUAGGAUUAUGGACCCAAGGUUACAAGGAGAAUUCAACAUCAACUCGGCUUCGAAAGUUGUGGAGAUUGCAGUGUCUUGCACACGACCGAUGGCGGUUCAGAGGCUGGACAUAGAUCAUGUAUUGGCGGAGUUGAAGGAGUCUUUGGAAUUGCAAUUGGCAUCUGGAAGAAGUCGGAGAAUGGAGAGUAGAGUGAGCGAAUCAAGUGGUGCCUUUGAAAUGACCUCCUUGGAGCUCCAUUUUGACAGUGCCCCUGCGCCAAGGUAGCAGAACUUUUCCAAUCGAGAAAGGCAAUCUUCUUUUUGGGCAGAAGAUUUAACUUGUGUCGCAAAUUUGUACUGUUUUUUUCUUCUUGAAUUCGGGAUCACCAUUUCCCUUUUCUUUUCUGUCAUUGAAUCUUUCAAACUCGC